UUCUGCUCUGUGUUGGAAUAUGAUGACUGUCGACAUGAGGUGAAGUGGCUUUAUGAGAGGAAACGGGAAAAACCCUCAGAUAUGAAAAUAUACCAACAUUCCUGCUCUGCCACUGUGACAUUUCCAACGUCUCAUCAGAAAUUAAACAUUUAUCCGUCACUAACAUGUAAAGUCACAAACUCAGUCACUAAAGCAGUUCAGCUGAUCCCCUUCAGUCUUCAGUCCUCAGAGGUGACCCAGUCAACACCAACAGCAACACAUCACUGGACAUCUGCAGGGAGCAACAAGGAAGUUAAACAACAAGAUAUUUUCAGUUUGUUGCGAUGGAUCGUUGUGUCUGCGGCUUUAGCAGCUCUGGUAAUAUCGGUCGUUAUUCUCAACCUGUGGUUGAAAACUAAAGGAAAUAAAAAACAAAAUGAGCAAAACCUGGAGUGUAACCAUGAAGAUGAAGAUGAAGGUGUAGAGAUUUAUGAAAACUGAAGAGAUUUGUGCUGCUGUCAGGAAGAACUGAUCAACAACUUCAGCAUCAGCUUCCAGCAGGAAUGAGAGCUCUGCUUAUGAUGAAUAUCUCAUUAUAUUUAACACCAGCAGAUGAUCAUAGAAAAACUGAUUAUCUUAAAAAGUUACAUCUCUUCUUAUCAGCUUUAGCCUGAAACUUCAUUUAUGAAAACUUUUUUUUUUUGCUUCUGACCCCCACAACAUUCCUUACUGCAUCAUUUGUUUAAUAUUUGGGGAGUUAAAAUCUUAACAAUGAAUGAAAUUAUAAACAAGAAUCAACAUGAAACUUUUUAAAUAUAUUUUUAAACUGAAAAAAUGUGCAACUCAUUGUAAUGUAAUAAUGCAGUCCAAACUCCUCAAUUUGACCACAAAUCAAGUCUUUGCUAUAAAUGACUCUCUUUGACCACCAGGGGGUGAUGUAGCAGUUAAUGAGGUUAUUGUGGUAAAAAAAAAAAAUCAGAGAAAGUUUAUAUUGCAAUUGUUUAUCAAUUAAAAAUGGUUUCAUGGUUGUUUAUUGGAAAAAAAUCCAGCAGAAAUUAAUACAGUCAAGUUGUUACAAAUAUCAAUAUCCUGAAGGUAUUUUUAUGUUUAUUGUUUACUUCUUUGUUCUGAGUGAAAAUUCUUUAUAACAUUUAUAACAAAUAUUUAGUACCUUCAUUAUUUAACUAUGUUAAUCUAUUGGAACAAGAGAAAAAAAUCAAACAUCACAAAGGAAAGAUCACAAUAAACAAAUAAGAAAUAAAAAAAUAUACAUUAUCUAUUAGAAUUACACCAAGGUUCCACUAGGUGGCAGCACAGUUGAGUUCCAUUGAUUCAUAAAACUCCCGUUUCUUGCUUAAAGUUCCUUUAUAUCGUUUUUAAAUAUGUUUUUGUAUAUGUAUUUUAAAUCUGUAACUUGAUAAUAUGAGUGUCAAUAUAUUUCUUGUUUAUUUUAUUGAAUUAAAGUGAAUUUCUUAAUUUAAAUGUUGAUUUUUUUUAUCUUUAUUUUUUUUUUUACAUUUUUGCUGUUUACUAAAAAAUAGAGAUAUUAUUUUAAUAAGUGUUCUUCUUAAUCACAUUUUGUGGAGCAAUUUUGAUGUGUAUUUUGUAACUUAAACUGAUCAGUCAGAUAAAAGGAAGUCAACAUCACCAUAAUGAGUUGUCAUGGAAACUUACAUGACUCAUCAAUGUGUUAACCACAAAUGCUGCUGAUCAUUGGUGGACAAAUAUAUCUCCUCUGCUGCUGCUGUCACAUUCUCAGAAUAAUACUUCCCCUUCAGUUCUCAGAAAAAAAUACCUGAGUUAAAACAAGGAAGCAACAAACAUGAGAGGAGAAACAUCUCAGUUGAGUUCAGUAAUAUAACUUCUUCAGAAGAUUGCAGAGCGAACAGGAGAAUAAUUCUGUGUCAUCACCGAAUCCUGAGUUUGUAAACAUCGACAUCUGCAGCUAAAUUAUCAAGUAUAAACGGUUAAACUCACAGGGCACAGUCACUGAGAGGAAGUGAUGCAACUGAAAACGGCAUGAAUGUAUUUUUAAGCAGAACCAACGUUAGAGACUGAAUCAUUAGUGAAAAUAACAGAGCAGUAAGGCACCAUGGCUGCUUUCAGAUGGAUUCAAAUGGUUUUACUUCUGAUCCUCAUGAUUCAGUUUAAAGCACAAACUGAGACGCAGCAAACCUUCCUUACUGUCAGAGAUGGAAAUGAAGUCACUUUGCCUUGUGGAAACAGAAGAGACACACAGGAUAAAUCUGAUAAUACUAUUUGGGUCUUCAAUAAUAAACAUAAAUCUGAAACAAGAAAGCUGGUCAAACUUGAAAGUUCUCACAGAGAAAUGAAAACUAUAUCAGACAGACUGAGUGUUACAGCAAACGGUUCUCUGCUUCUACAUAAAGUCACAGAGGUUGAUGCUGGUCGGUACACAUGCCAUUGGAUCAAAUCAAGACAACUACAUGACUUUGUUGUGUAUCUAUCUGUAAUUACUAUAUUUUUCUCUUUAAUUUCUCUUUUUUCACCAGUUGUUGAGCAGGAGAAACCAGAUAAAGUCGCCUUGUUCUGCUCUGUGGUCUUUUAUGAUUACUGUCGACAUGAGGUGAAGUGGCUUUAUGAGGGGACAGAGGAAAAACCCUCAGAUAUGGAAAUAUACCAACAUUCCUGCUCUGAUUCUGUGACAUUUCCAACAUCUCAUCAGAAAUUAAACAUUUAUCCAUCACUAACAUGUAAAGUCACAAACUCAGUCACUAACGCAGUUCAGCUGAUCCCCUUCAGUCUUCAGUCCUCAGGUAAGGAAGUGAGUUUCCACUGCUGUAAAGUUAACAGGAAGCAGAUUUUUACUGUUGCUUUCUUUGAACUAGAGGUGACCCAGUCAACACCAACAGCAACACAUCACUGGACAUUUGCAGGGAGCAACAAGGAAGUUAAACAACAAGAUAUUUUCUAUUUGUUGAGAUGGAUCGUUGUGUCUGUGGGUUUAGCAGCUCUGGUGAUAUCGGUCGUUAUUCUCAACUUGUUGUUGAAAACUAAAGGAAAUAAAAAACAAAAUGAGCAAAACCUGGAGUGUAACCAUGAAGAUGAAGAUGAAGGUGUAGAGAUUUAUGAAAACUGAAGAGAUUUGUGCUGCUGUCAGGAAGAACUGAUCAACAACUUCAGCAUCAGCUUCCAGCAGGAAUGAGAGCUCUGCUUAUGAUGAAUAUCUCAUUAUAUUUAACACCAGCAGAUGAUCAUAGAAAAACUGAUUAUCUUAAAAAGUUACAUCUCUUCUUAUCAGCUUUAGCCUGAAACUUCAUUUAUGAAAACUUUUUUUUUUGCUUCUGACCCCCACAACAUUCCUUACUGCAUCAUUUGUUUAAUAUUUGGGGAGUUAAAAUCUUAACAAUGAAUGAAAUUAUGAACAAGAAUGAACAUGAAACUUUUUAAAUAUAUUUUUAAACUGAAAAAAUGUGCAACUCAUUGUAAUGUAAUAAUGCAGUCCAAACUCCUCAAUUUGACCACAAAUCAAGUCUUUGCUAUAAAUGACUCUCUUUGACCACCAGGGGGAGAUGUAGCAGUUAAUGAGGUUAUUGUGGUAAAAGAAAAUCAGAGAAAGUUCAUAUUCCAAUUUUUUAUCAAUUAAAAACGGUUUCAUGGUUGUUUAUUGGAAAAAAAUCCAGCAGAAAUUAAUACAGUCAAGUUUUUACAAAUAUCAAUAUCCUGAAGGUAUUUUUAUGUUUAUUGUUUACUUCUUUGUUCUGAGUGAAAAUCCUUCAUAACAUUUAUAACAAAUAUUUAGUACCUUCAUUAUUUAACUAUGUUAAUCUAUUGGACCAAGAGAAAAAAUCAAACAU